UUUCACCCCUGUCUGAUUCUUCCAGCUCUAUGUUUAUAAAUCCACGUUCAGUGACAUCAGCGGGCUGAAGGCUUCCCUCCUCCAGGAUAAAAGCAUGAGGCACAGCCUGCGGAGAAGGAGCGCCGUGCCUCUCAGCCUUCCCGUGUUUACCUCCAGGAUAGCGGAGCCACUAGACUGAGAAACAGCACAGGAUCCGGACUCAGGAAAAGCAAAGAAACGGGGUGAGCCAGAGCGAGAUAAGUCGCAGCUUCCUUGUGUUAUGUUGGGCAACAGAAAGAAAGCCGCGGCGGCGAAGAAUGGAGCCGGGACGUCCGAGUCGAAGGCCAUCGAUCCCCUGAGGAAUCUGGCAGUGCAGGAGGAUGAAGAUGUGAAGCGGAUGUUGCAGGGCUCCAGUAUGGUAAAGGUCCGCUCGCCUCGCUGGCAGAAGCGACGAACUCUGAAGCUGAUGGAAGACGGUGUCACUGUGUGGUGUCAGUCCCACAAAACCUCCAGCUGGGCCAAGGAGCAACAAUCCUUCUCUGUCAUGGAAGUGGAGUGCGUUCGUGAGGGUUGCCAGUCAGAGACAUUGCGGCAGUUGGUCGGCUCAGUACCCGAGCAGCGGUGUUUGACGGUGGUCUUCAAGGGGCCCCGCAAGAGCCUGGAUCUCCUCUGCCAGAGCCAGGAGGAGGCUCAGCAUUGGGCCCGCGGCAUCCGAACCCUGCAGGGACGGGUGGAAAACAUGACCCAGAAGGAGAAACUUGACCACUGGAUUCAUGCUUACCUGAGUCGGGCCGACCAGAACCACGAUGAUAAGAUGAGCUAUGACGAAGUCCAGACACUGCUGCAGAUGAUCAACAUUGACCUGAAUGACCAGUACGCCCGUAGUCUCUUCCAGAAAUGUGACCAGUCAGCCGACGGUCGUCUGGACCACGGAGAGAUCGAAGUGUUCUGCAGGGAGUUGUUACGGAGACCAGAGCUGGAUGCGGUGUUUAUCCGCUACUCUGCAAAUGGCUGUGUACUUUCCACUGUGGACCUGAGGGAUUUCUUGAAGGACCAGGGGGAGGAUGCUUCACUCACCCACGCCCAAAGCCUGAUCCUCACCUAUGAACUUAACGAGUGGGCCCAGAAGAACCAGUUCAUGACCCCCAAUGGUUUCACCAUGUACAUGCUGUCUAAGGAGAACUGUGUGUUGAACCCGGAACAUGCUAGGGUUUACCAAGACAUGAAACACCCACUGGCACACUACUUCAUCUCCUCCUCCCACAACACCUACCUCACUAAGGACCAGCUGACUGGGGCCAGCAGCACAGAACCUUACAUCCGAGCGCUGAAUCAUGGCUGCCGCUGUGUGGAGCUGGACUGUUGGGAUGGAGAUAAAGGAGAGCCAGUCAUCUAUCAUGGUCACACACUCACCUCCAAAGUGCUCUUUGUCGAAGUCAUUGAGACGAUCAAUGAAUAUGCUUUUAAAGCAUCUCCUUUCCCUCUGAUCCUGUCCCUGGAGAACCACUGCUCCGUGGAGCAGCAGGCAGUAAUGGCACGACACCUGCGAUCCAUCCUGGGAGACAAACUCCUCACCAAGCCCCUCAAUGAUCUGGAUCCUCACAGCCUGCCUUCACCAGAGGAUCUUAAGGGUAAAAUCCUGGUGAAGGGGAAGAAGGAGCACAUGGUGGAAGAGCGCUCGUCCAGCUCUUCAGACCUCAGCUCCUCAGACGAGGAGGCCAGCCACGCUGAAGGCAAACCCAGCAGUAAGAAAGAGGACCAGAAGCCAGGUGUGUCUAAGCUGAGUCCAGAGCUGUCGGAGCUGGUCGUGUACACCCGCAGUGUUCCCUUUAAAAGCUUCGAACAAGCAGCCAAAGCCCCCGCAACUUACAUGUCCUCUUUCUCGGAAAGUGAAGCGCUAAGACACGUGAAGGACUCAGGGACGUAUUUUGUUCGUCAUAACAGCCACCAGCUCAGCAGGAUUUACCCCUCAGGCCAGCGCCUCCAGUCCUCCAACUACAACCCUCAGGAUAUGUGGAACGGAGGCUGUCAAAUUGUUGCUUUGAAUUUUCAGACUCCUGGUGAACAGAUGGACCUAAAUCAAGGCAGGUUUCUGCAGAAUGGUCACUGUGGGUACAUGUUGAAGCCUCCCUUCAUGUGCCAGCCUGACACCACCUUCAACCCGGAGAACGUUGGUGGAGGUCCUGGCCACAGGCCUGUCCUGCUCACUGUUCGGGUUAUUUCAGCUCAGCAGCUGCCUAAACCAGAAUGGGACAAACCCAGCUCGAUUGUGGACCCUCAUGUGUGGGUGGAGAUACAUGGUGUUCCCAUAGACAACUACAAGAAGAAAACUCAUCAUGUCGACAACAAUGGCUUUAACCCACGAUGGGACUGUAGCUUUAACUUUACCGUCCAUGUUCCUGACCUGGCUCUGGUUCGCUUCCUGGUAGAGGACCAUGACUACACCUCAAGCAAUGACUUCCUAGGACAAUACACCCUGCCUUUUACGAGUCUCCGCACAGGAUAUCGUCAUGUCCCACUGCUCAAGCUGGAUGGCUCCAGCCUCUCACCCUCCUCCCUCUUCAUCCAUCUUAAGGUCACCCCAUGUCAGGGCAGUCCCUCAAAAUCAUCAGCUAAGUCCCCGGCCAAGUCUUCAGCCAAACAUCCCUAACCCCAUCUCCACCCCAUAGCAACAUAAAGCAUGAAGGCCAGCAUGGGAAGAUGCCCGGACAUACUAUCCGCCUGGAUCCAGGCAAAAAAAGAUCUAGGCCCUAAUUCAUAAAACGUAACAGUUAUAACCUUGUCCAACAAAUGUUGCAGCUAUAUCCUCGACCUGUCUAUGUUUUACGGAGCAAGAGGAUUGUGUUGUUUUUAAUCACCUCAUUUAAUAGAGGUUUGAUUUUUAGAGCAGAGACUUGAGAACUUAAUGAUAACCCAAUGAAACAGUCCACAUGUAUUAUUAUAUACGAGAUCAUGACCAAAGUUUGGAGCUAGAUUUUGUCUCUACAUUUUUAACAUGUAAGACUCCUAGCUAAAGUCUCAGACCUUUUGAAGGAAGGACUUCUUUUUAACCAUAAGUAUUGUAUUUUUAGUGUAUUUCAUCUGAAUAGUCUAGAAAUGCUUGCUGGUAUGUGAUUGAAAACAUUACUUGGGUAGGGUAGAAAGCCUACAUGUAAGUGGAGACUUUAUAAAUGGUAUGUGAGGGAGACAUCAUCUAUAAACAAUCCUCUGAUAUGCGGAUGUACGUUGACAGAACUAUUGGUCACUGUGUCAUUCCUGCCGUCCAAGACGUGAUCCCGUCCUAAUCCGACUCUACUGUAAAACACAAAGGACUGAAUCCACACAAUACAUUCUGUACAAAAAACACAUUCUAAAGUUCAGCUGAAGCUAAAAUGUGGCUUUCGGAGUCUGGAGGCUGGUGUACUUCAAACAACGUGCAUGUUGCAUUGACAGAACAGCAUCUGAAAGCGCCGGCUGCGUCUGAUAAUGUUGACAGCAACUGUGUGGACGUGAUGGCGUCAUCCCCAUUUGUGCCAUUAUUGCAUCUUAAAAAAUACAAAAACCAUAAGGGUCGUUCAUGGGGCGGUUUGCUAGUUGCUGGUAAACAAAAUAAACCGGGUCUGUCCUGGGAAAAAACGCCUACUGGCUAUAAACACGUUUGCCUAAAGUGUGGUCGGAUGACUUUUGAGAUUUUUUUAAUUUGAGAGAAUUGAGAUACCAGGCAUUCAGACUAAAAACAGCACUGCAUUAAAAAAAGGUCAGGGU